AUGGCUCAACCAACUCGCCCACCUGCCAACGGCUUCGUUGCCACAACUCGAAAAGUCUACAACCCCCUUGGAUUCUCCAAAGGUUACAACUUCGUUCUUUUCUUUAUUUUCUUCGGUGCCCUUAUGGGUUUCACGCUCGCACGAUUCGAAUACCUCAAUUUCAACACCUUCUGCAAGGGAACAGCGCCAGGCGAAUGCUUCUACUACCAAAAAGGCCAUGAGAAAGCCGGCAUCAUACUUCACCUCGCUGGGAUCCUUCCCGCUGGCUUUUUGGCAUGUUUCCAAUUCGUACCAGUUCUUCGCCACAAAGUCCUUCUGUUCCAUCGCAUCAACGGCUACGUCGUUAUCCUGCUCGCGCUUGUUGGAAUCGCUGGCGCCUUGAUGAUUGCGAGAAACGCAUUCGGUGGCACGCUUGAUACCCAAGCUGGCGUUGGUGUCAUGUCCAUCAUGUUUGUUACCGCUCUCACGCUGGCGUUUGUCAACAUCAAGCGACUUCAAAUCGAGCAACACCGAGCCUGGAUGCUGCGAGCAUGGUUCUACGCUGGCUCCAUCAUCACUCUUCGUCUUAUCCAGGUCGCGGCUGCUGCUGCGAUUAGUAGUAUUGGAACCUACUACGCUGCGCGUCCCUGCGAUCAAGUUGCCUUUAUGAUCGGCAAGAUGAGUCGUACUCUUCAUCUCUAUCCCGACUGUGCGACGUAUUUCUCGGGCGAGAAUUCUGGUCAACAGACAAUCGUCCAUGCGGACUUCCUCAAUCCAACAUCCGCUGCUGAAGCCGCCGUGGCCGUAGGCAUGCCAUUCGGAAUGGCGCUGUGGUUAGCACUGGCUUUGCACGCAGUUGGUAUUGAAAUAUACUUGAAACUUACACCAGCUGAAGCCGAGAGGCUACGUAAUGUUUCCUACAAAAGGCAACUAGAGGCUGGCUUGAGCCCAGCCGGCCGGGCUGGUGUCACAGCGGACAGGAUCGGAGAUUCUGAGCAGUGGCAACCCCAGCAGAAGCCAUCUCAAGCCAGCUCAACGUCGGACCUGCCAACCCCAAAAUAA